AUGAAUAUAUUUUUUGUUCAAAUUGUUUUAUUUCUUUUAAUAAUCUCCCUAUGUGUGAAUAAGAACACCCUUGCAACUGAGCUUAUUCCAAAAAAAGAUAAAAAACACAAAUCAAACAAAUUUACAAAACACAAACCAAAAAAAAAUAAAAAAUGUUAUCCUACCUAUGAUAAUACAAAAGAAAUAUAUCAAAAAAACAAGCACCUGUUAUAUAUCGAUACCGAAGAAACUAUAAAAGCGUGCAAAUUUAUGAAUGACGCUUUAAAACAGUUAGAACAUCAUGCUACAAGUAAAGGUUAUACAAUUUGUGGCGGAAUUCCUUCUGAGAAUAAAGUUUUUUAUAAAAAAAAACAUCGAGGUCAUACAAAAAUUCUAAAAGCUGAAUAUACAGUUGAUGAUCCGAAUGAGUAUAAUGAACUAUUAAACAAAAUAUGGAAUCCCGAUAGUGACCUAUAUUUAAAUAAUUCCGCUGUUAAAAAAAAAAUUGUCCGUGUGUACAGUCCAAAUUUAGUAAUGAUACAACAACGUUGCAAAAAACACCCGUGGUCUCUUCGUAAAUAUUUUUAUGCUUUAGCUGCAAAAUUUAAAAUAUCAGAAAACAAAGCUAUAGUUGUCAUGGCUUCAGCAAAUAUAAUUGAUCACAACCGUAAAAAUAAAAAAUAUUUUGAAAACACAAUAGUAGAAAGUGCAAAUUUAUUCCAAGCUGAAGUUGAUUCUGAAGAUGAUAUUAGAAAUGGAAAAAUAAAAAAAGCGUUUGUUAACUUAAUUGGAUACAUUGUUGAAAAAAGAAAGGACCAUAUUUAUAUCAUCUAUAUCGAAUCUAUGACCAGUAUACAGAUUUUAAUAAUAAUUUAUUUCAACAAUUGUUAA